CAUUCAUGCCUUGUCGUGAAAGAACAUGUGUGAAAGAAGCAAAACAUACUCUUCUUAUGUAAUAAUGAGUUGGAAAGAUAGUUUUGUUUCUUUUGAUUAGUUUGUCGUUUUUCGAAGAAAAAAAGUCUGACCAAGUUAAUACCCUCCACCCCAAAUCCGUUUAGGGGGAGGAUGCUAGCUUUGCUCUGAGUUUUAAUUCGCAGUCAAUCAGAAUAGAGCUUUUUACACGCACCGCUUAGCAAGUUUAAUCCAAAUUAAACCACUGGGGUUGAUGAUCUUAACUUCAUUUAUGGAGUGUUAACUUGAUCAAAAAUUCAAAUAGUACCCCAUCCUUUGCUUGUAAUACAUAUUCAUUACAUGGUCUAUAGAACGUAAGGUUUUUAAGAACUAUUGAGAUUUAGUAAAAUCGUAUAAGUGAAGUGAUGGUAAUAUAUAUAGGUAUCAGAUUACUCUCAAGAACCGCUGCUUGGUUUCCUUUUUCUAGUUCAAGUGGAUUUGAAAAUGGCAACUUGUUCUAUUUGAUCUCAAAUCAAAUUCAGCUUGCUCAAUAUUUGUGUAAAUUGAAUAGGAUUUCUUUACUAAUCAUCCGUGAAUAUAAGCCCACUAUUUAACAAGUGCCGCGGGCUACUUGUCAUUUUUUAUAAACAGUACUGAGAUUUAUUACCCAGUCUGCAAGUCUUGCAACCACAAUCAAUAAAACCGUUUUCCAUUACCCCGAUUGUAAACAAUUGUCAACACCUUUUAGCAUUUACUUUUCGCUUUGUGAAAUAAGCAGGCAAUUUGGACUGGGUUUUAAAAGGUAUUUUUUGACGAUCUGCUCUCCCAUGGCAUCAAAUUAUUGCAAUUGACUGGAGUAGUAUUGUUUUAGGGGAAAAGGUGUUAGGCCGCGUGGCAGAAAGGUCUAAUGUCAGAAAGUUUAUUUAAGAGAGUAUUCAGCAUUAAUGUUAGGUUAAAAUAAGCGAAAGAGCGUUGAAAACAGUCAGUUUUUGACAAUUAAAAAGUGAUUGACUAGAAACUUUCUAGCGCUCGGUGCUUUUGUCAUGAAUUAAUUGCCUUACUUUUUUUGUUUGAGGGAAUAGAAGUUUGUAUAAAUUAUGGUAUGAGAAUUAACAAGUUGCUUUUAUUGCGAAAUAGCGGCUGUAUCGCAAUAAAAACAAUGAAGCCGUUUCCUUCUUCCGGCUGAAAAGAUAUUGAAUAUAAAUAAUUCACGCUGGGAUAUUUGUCACUUUUUGACUCCUAAAUUGACCAAUAGUUAUUUUCGACUCCUCUGCCGUUUAAGCCGCUUCGCUUAUGGUGUUCAAAUCGAAAGCGCCGCCGUCUUCGCUUCACGUUAAAUGGUUUGAAAUGACGGGGAAUCCAUGAGCGAUUUCAAAUUCUAUUCAUAAAUAAACGUCCGUUCGCCUAAGUGCAGUAUCACCAUGCAUUUAAAUAACAGUCCAAAGCCUGUAACAAGCAUACGCCGGGAGGAAAUCAGAAUUCCCUUGGUGUGUUAAACUCUGCGCGACAGUAUUUUCAAUUAGAGAGCGGCGAGAUUAGUGUUUUCCUUAGUUUAUUGAAUUUCUGCUAUUUGAUGCGGAGAAAUUCUGAUGAUCCUCCACUGUAAAAGUGAGCCAGCAUUAACAGGCUUAUACAUUUCCAUAUAACCUUUCUAAUUUAUUUUCUACAAAUUUUGUACUAUAUAGCGGUGCAUGUUAUGCUAUUUUGUUAGGUUGCAAUUUGGUCUGCGUUUAGUGUAGCGAAAUAUAACAAGACCAGUCCACUGACCAGUUCAAGUUUAUUUCAUUGACCCGUGCCCGUGCGAAAGGACACGAUUUGAAUCGGCGUGGUUUUAUUGGGGCAAAAAGAUUGGAGGCUGGUUGCAAUUUCGAAACUAAAAUAAUGUUCUCUUCCCUUCAGCCUGUAAAAUCGAGUGAAAUAGAAAAGGAGCGCUUUAAAAGCGUUUAUUCUAGUUGCCUGAUUUUCAGCUUACUACCCCUACUGCCGCCGCUGCAGCAGCCAUUGAACUAGCUUGUCUGGUGUUGCGCCAUUGAAUUGAACACUUCAAUUUGGGAAAUUAAUGCGAUUUAUUUAAAUUUCAGCUGACAAAAAAUACCAAAAUGACUUGACUGAGAAAUAAAAGUGGUAGUAGUGUGUAUUUAAUCAUUAUAUUCUCUCUCUUUUAUUUUAACCAAUGUUACCAUUGUACACGUGUUCAUCGAUUGCUGCAGAUUUGACUAAUCUCCUUUAAUAAAGAAUCGAACAAAGAUUUUUCCAUCAAAUGAGAGGAAACAACCGUUUUCUCCACUUAGUACGGCAGAACAUUCCGCUAAUAUUACCCGUUCCCGAGGCUCGAACUGCUUUAUUUGACAAAAACAGUAGUAAGCUCUAAAUUUAGUGUAUCUACAUAUUAAAAUUUGUUCACUAAUUAGUUUCCGCCAGCCUUAUAAUUUUGACAGCUCUGCUCAAGAAUGCGAAACCAAUUCUAACCACAAAUUGGUGGUGAAAUUUCAUUUUCUAAUCGAUCUUUUCUUGCUUCUUCGCAAAAUUACAGAUAACAUUUUAGUUUUAUGCAUCCUUAAAACCAUUUUAAGCGUUUCUUUUUUUUGAGACGGCGUUUUGCGUGCGUGUUCGUUUUUUUUAUUAUAUCCGGCCAAUAUACUGCAACCAUACCAGUUUUUUGGCCAAAAUCAGCUUAUUAGGUCCUGUUAUAAUCUUAAAUAUUUUUUGUUGCUCUAAACUACACCCCUAUAGGGAUACCCUUGUUAAUUUCUUAAUUUAUCUGAGCUGCGAGUCCUGUGCUGAACCGACAUCACGUGGUGUCCUAUGUAGUCACGUGGUGUCCUUCCGAGCAGCAGCAUUAGUGAUGAAUUCGAGGCGCUUAAGUCGCAAUAUAGAGAAAAGAAUUGUACUCAAUUUCAAGUUGGACCCCAAGAAAUAUCGAGCCCAAGUGCCUACUGAGAAAGAUGUGGACCACGCCAGGAAGAUAGUGGAGGACUUGAACCUAUCAGUGGCCACUUUGAGACACCUCGUCAGGUGUGUGGGCAGUGGCUGUGACACUCACAUUCUGAGGGAGGACAUAGCCAGUGUGGCGGAGAGAGCGGUGACCAUGGCUGACACCUGCAGUGACCUUAUCGCACCCCAUAUCCGAAACGAGUGUCUGUUGCUACAUCCGCACUACCGCCUCUUAGGAACUAUGAUGACCGGGUGCAUUGAAUUGUUGGAGCAGGAGGUGAAUCGGAUGCACCACAUGACCAAACGAUAUCCUGACCCAGAAACACCUACUGAGGAGCACAUGGAGACGUGUGCCCUGUACCAGAGUGAGUCGGAGAGUGACUGCAAGGAGAGACUCAAGGUGCUACUCACCCGACUCAGGGACAUUCCACGCACCAAGGCGCUGCCAGAGGAGUGCCAUGGCCACAUCUUCGACGAGUUCAACCAGCGAAUAGCGAACCCAGGCAGGAGCCAACGACUGCUCUCGCUGUGUUUCUGCUGCAACUUCACCUCCAUCUCGCAAUGCAAGUGCUUCAAAAGAGGGUGCACUAGCUCCUCGGCCUAAUCACAUCAAUCUCUGAGGAGAUGAAUGUCCAUGUCACUCAAGAUUCGAUCACCAUCCGCAUCGAUUGGCAGAACAGAAGAAGAGACCCUCUCUUAGCCUCUAUCAUUAGCUUUUACUAUUCUCUCUCUUUAUACAUCUCUAUUUCUGAUUUGUGAUGAUAUUUUUCUCUUUUUAUUAUUUGCAUCUUUAUCGGAGAAAAUAUUACGAUAAACCAAGUUGACCUUAUUUUUACCCUUCUCCAGUUCAGAUGAAAGAAGUACACCAAGAAAGGAAAAGCAACUAUUUAAGCUCAGUAGAAAAUAUCUUUAACGAUGAUUUUUAUCGAGUGCGGGCUACGAGAAUUUGUGACAGCGUUUGAAUACAACCUGCCUAAAUCUCAAAAAUCCGGAUAAGUUAAUUGAAAGAAUAGAAUGAAGACAACGACCGGUUAAAUCAGUCAAUCAUAACCAGUUCAAAACAUGAGACAUAAUGCAGUUGUGUCCCAUAAAGGUUGCUGAGAGCGAUGUCUUUUGUGGGAUUUCACUACGAAUUAGUUUGACGCGUAAAUUGACAGAUAAUGCCUUUAUUCGGGUUUAAAAAAAUGAUUUUCCCGGUGUGUUUCGCAGCAGCACGUAGACAACCAAGCCUUGUAUCAGAUGAAAUAUUACAAAUUUUAUGUAGUGCAAAUUCUUUUGACGCUUAAAUGAAAAGAUGGUGGAAAACUGUGUUGACGUGUGUCAGCUGAAAAGACACAUAAAUGACGUGCAUUGUUUGAACAUCUCGACUGAAUUGAAGUACCCUUCAAUACGCCAACGUACCUAAUUCCCAGUCGCAUUUGAAAUGUACUUUUAAAUUGGAACGACACCCUAAAACAUCAACCUCAUUUUGUUAAUUCAGCAAUUAUUUCAUGUGGUGGAGUUUUGUUCACAAUGGUAGUUUUGGUUCUGUUCUUUAGCAUUAGUGAAAUUAAAUUCAGCAGAAAUACGGAGAAGUAGUUCAGUUUUGUUAAAAUUUUGCAUAGAUUAAUAUAUUUUCAAUGUCA